GAUUAUCAUUGUACACUACUAAACCCUACAGCAAAGUCCUUGUGAACAAAAGAAAACAUCUUCACACUUUAUAAUAUUCUCCCCUUUGUGGUAAUAAUUUUUCAUUUCGUGUUCUUCACACUUCCAGAAGCAGGGACCAAGUCCAGAAGCAAUAUAUAGACACAAAAAGGGAUCUCCGAGUUAAAAAGAAAAGAAGCAAAAAUGUGUUUGGAGCUUGUGUAUCACGAGGAGAAGACAGAGCUUGGUCGGCAACAAGCACCGGGUGUGUGUCCAUACUGCGGCGGAAAAGUGUCGGCGGUAGAUGUCGAGACCAAGUGGUUGUUCUGUUUCUUACCACUAUGUUUCAAGGUCAAACGCAAGUACUCUUGUUCCUCCUGUGAUCGUCGUCUCGUCUUGUAUUAUUGAAAGAAACAGAGCAGCAGAUGAAGAAAGAAGCAGAGAAGAAUUGAACUGUUAUCUAAUUUACUCCUCCCAAUGUGGAUGUUUUUGCAUAUUUUCCCCUGUACUUUCUGAGUUGCUAUUAACACCCCUCAUGGUGGUGACGUUGGUUGAAUUCAUUGAGUUUUUGUUCAAUGUAAAUAAUUUCGUUGGUCCUAUUUGUUUUGUUAUGCGAGUGGAAUUCAGUUUUGUUUAAAUAAAGUUCUGUCAUUCUUGAAUGAUAUUACUAUUCU